AUGGCCGAACUUGCCGCGGCCGGCAGUGCAGUGGGCAUAAUUUCUCUAGCCAUCACAACCUGCCAAGGUGUCCUCUCCUACUACAAUUCAUGGGACACCCAGGACCAGAACAUCAGCCACGCGAAGGGGAGAAUCGAAACACUGCGGAGCAGUCUCUCUGCCCUUGAAGAGAUCCUGCCGAAGAUAUCGUCUUCUUCAGCGAUUGCUGGCCAUGUGGAGCGGUGCGUGCUCUCUUGCAAAGAGGGCACCGCGAGGCUGGAACAAUUUCUGGGAAAAUGUCGCAAGAAUCCUGCUCCCACCAGCCUUAUAGACAGACUUCGAGAUUGUCGACAGAAGGCUAUAUUUCCUUUUCGACAGUCUUCUUUGGAUAGUCUCAAAGAAAUUUUGCGGGAUCUCGAGGAUAAUCUGGGUACUGCGCUCCGGGUCUUGCAACUUGACACGUCCGAAGCCCAGUUCCGACGGACCUCAGACUUGGUGGAUCUUACAAAGUCGACAGCCUCAUCGGUUGAUGGCGCUAGCCGGGGUAUUUCGAUUAUUGACCAUAAGGUGGACGUAGUCAUGGGUGCCUUGCCACAAAUCCAACAAGGUGUGGCUCAAUUUACGUCCGAUGUUCCGAUGCUUCAUUCUUCUAUUACAAGUAUGGAGCAGAGUAUGGAGCGAAGACUUCAGGCCAUUGAAAGGGUCACGUCCUGCAUCUUGCCUGAUUUCCAGACCAGGCUUGAUCAGCUUCCCCUUCGGAUCGAAGAAAGUCUGGCAGCAUCUACCGCUUUGGCGGGCCGGACUCUAUCAGUAGAGACCUCUGGCUUGAAAAGUACCAAGUCAGCCAUGUCUACAACUCUCAAUGACAUGGAUGAGGACGCGCGAAAGCUUCAACUUGCUCUGGCUCAGAGGCCCAGCAUACUACGGACUGUCUGCGAUGAAACGGGCGGUCUGGAGAUGAAUAUCGAACGUAUAUCCACAAUGAUGGCGCAAAACGGAAUUACACAGGACCGUUGUAAAGGGAAACGGGCCAAGCAGAUACCAUACUGCUCUUGCUCUACUCUGACCCGGAGAAGAGUCGCCACGUACUCGAUUGGUAGCGUCGAGUUUUUCAAGACGUCCAUGGAAUCUUGCAAGCAUUCGACUAUCUGUCCUUUCUACAUUGGGACUGAGGCAACCACAACAGUAGGACUCAAGAUGGCAUACUAUGGGAGACUUUUAGCAAACACAGUUCGGGCUACUAUAUCCAUCACGGCUGGAGCUGGUGGGUUUUCGAUAAACCCUUGCUUGAACUAUCGUGCUCUAGUCCCCAGGAAUUCGCCAGCGUUCAGUCUUCUGAACUUAGACGAACUCAUAAGGCUUCGCCGUAGCACGCCUCUAUCCCAAACAAACGAAGUCUGCGAGUAUUUCGAAAGUAUUUUGCAACAACUCUACGAGUUGUUCAAGGAUAAGGUAGCGUCACCAACCGAUAUAGACGAGGACGGACAGACUUUGCUCACUAAACUCUGCGACUGCCUUUUUGAGCGAUUGGAGCAUAAUACUGAGGGCUUUCGUAUUCUAUUCAUGGGACUUCUCGCUGCUGGGGUCCCUCUAAACGAAACGGAUAGUGAGGGAGGGAGCACUGAUGAGAUAAUCAGUCAAUUGCAAACUGCACUAGUGGACCGGAGGAGCCGCCUGUACUCCUUAGCCACCACCAAGCUGUGUCGCAAAGAUCUGGAGGAACUGAGAAUUACUGACGAUCGCAUUCUUGACGAGAAGGCCUUUGAUGUCUACAAAGCUCUUGCGCAUAGAAAUGUUCCCAUUCCAUCGGCACUGCGCCCUCCUUUGUACCGAACCACGUUGUUCCACAACACUGGCCUCUUCCCAGCCCUUGGUGAUUCGCUUUAUGGAAGAGGAUUCAUUGAUGUGGAUGGCAUCGACGAUGAGGGUCGCACUCCGUUGAUGAGAAUGCCAAUCGCAUAUUUUUGGGGACUGGAGACUGCUCUGCAGCGCUCUGUGUGGCUGAUAUCAAAAGGAGCCGAUCCCGGACGCAACCCUAACCUAUGUGAAGGCAUGCGGUGUGAUCCGAGUACCACUGCAACUCAUUACAUAUGUUCUUGGGUUGGUGGAAAUGUGUAUUCGCUGGUUGAUUCGGAGCACAAGGAUGAGAUUAGGUGGGUUUCACCUGAGAUAAAACGCACGUGGCUCUUUGGUACCUUGGACAAACUUGACGAUAAAUGUUAUGGUAUGCCUACUGCCAAUGAUACUUCGGAGAGUGCAGAGAUCCGUGACGAGGAGCGCUUGUUGCUCAGCAAAUUGGACACCCUGGUCGCAGAAUUUCAGGAGAAAUACACCGAGCUUGGAGUAACGGUGCUGGAAUUCUUGCGGGGAUACUGGAAGGCUAGAAUGGAGGAGGUUGAGAGAGAGGAAGAACCCCUGGAUGACGAGGAGAUUGCUAAGAUCAGGGACUUGGGCGUCAUCAUACACCCUUGA